AGCAUCAUGAGGCCCUGGUCACCCUUGUGCAUGAUGCUCCUCUGUGUGGUGCUGCUUUCUGUGCUGGGAGAAAUGAAGACAAGAUAUAAUCGUGGUAAAAUGUUAAUUGAGGAGUGCUGGCUAGACCCAAAUGCUGAAGACUGUACCAAGAAGUGUUCUAAGACCUUUAGAUGUUUCCUCCAAAAUCACACAUGCUGCUGGGCCUAUUGUGGUGACAUCUGCUUGGAAAAUAAGAAAACUUAUAAUGCAGAAGUUUCGUUUGGAUCCCAACCUUGGACAGUGAAAAAGGGGAAAAAACAAGAAGAAAAGUCUGUUUAA